UUUAAUGGUGCUUUAAAAUCUUAGGAAAUUUUACCGAGCCUUAUAUUUGGACAAUCUUUGCGAAAAAUAAAAGGCCAUAAGAUAAAGCUUCACAAAAAAAAAAAAGAAAAAAGAGAAAAUAAAGAAGAGAAAAGAAAAGAAUAAGAAAAGAAAGAAAGCCUAGACAACAAAUACGAACCGUUAGAUCAAACUUGAUCCAUCGGCAGAGGAACUGGAAAUAUUUGCCCUAAAGUUUUAUUGACUUCGCUGCACUCGUCUUGUUCGAUUUCUCCAUAGAUUGUUUGGGGUGCAAAAGAAAAUUGUCAGAUUAACGAGGAAGAAAGGUAGCAAUGAGUCGGAGCUUAGGAAUACCGGUGAAGCUUCUACACGAAGCGACAGGGCAUAUAGUAACUGUAGAGAUGAAGAGCGGAGAACUUUACAGAGGAAGUAUGGUUGAGUGCGAGGACAACUGGAAUUGCCAGCUCGAAAGUAUCACUUACACUGCUAAAGAUGGAAGGGUGUCACAACUGGAACAUGUUUUUAUCAGAGGCAGUAAAGUCAGGUUCAUGAUAAUUCCAGAUAUGCUUAAGAAUGCUCCCAUGUUCAAGCGUUUAGAAGCUAGAAUUAAGGGCAAAGGUUCUUCACUUGGUGUUGGACGGGGACGUGCUAUGGCCAUGCGAGCUAAAGCUCAGGCAGCAGGUCGUGGAGCAGCACCUGGUCGUGGUGUUGUACCCCCUGUAAGAAGAUGAUUGUCCCACACGGGAUUUCAUGUGAUCUGGUUUUGAGUUCUUAAGUUGUAUUGGCAGUAAGCUUCUGCUCCCUUGUAAUUUAAAUAUUAAGGAACAUUCGGUGUAGAAUUUUGACUUCCUAGUCUAGAUAUGACUUGAGAGAGCUGGACAAUUGAGUGACUUUCGGAUGGCUGCCAUAAAUUAUAGUAAUAUGGAUUGGCAUAGUUUCUCUAUCAA